AUGUAUGAAGUAAUACAGAAAAGGAAAACAAAAAUAAUAAACGUUUUACAGAGUCCUGAACUCAUGAGGCUCAUAGAGGACCCAUCAAAUCUGGGUAUUUCUUUACAUUUUCCAGUAAGUUCACUGCUAAAAAGUAAUAAGUGCACACCAAUGCCUAAACUUUCUACGUAUAGUUUGGCUAGUGGGGGAUUUAAGGAUUGGUGCGCGUGACAUCCCUCUAGACGUUCCACCAGAGAUUGAUAUCAUCGAUUUUUACUGGGAUGUUAUUUUAUGCAUGGAAUCUCAAUUCAUAUUAGAUUACAAUGUUCCGUCAAAAAAUAAGGGGAACAAUCAGAAGUCUGUUGCUAAGCUGUUGAAAAAUAAGCUUGUAAACGAUAUGAAAACUACGUUAAAAAGACUAAUUUAUAAUGAAAAUACCAAGCAAUAUAAAAAUAAUAAUAGCCACGAUGGUUACAAUUGGAGAAAACUAGGCUCGCAGUAUUUCAUACUGUAUCUUCCCCUAUUUACGCAGGAACUGAUUUGGUGUAAACUUAAUGAAAACUAUUUCCAUGUUGUAUUACCAUCUUUACUGAAUAGUAGGAACGUUCAUGAUAACCACAGUACCUAUAUAAAUAAAGAUUGGUUACUUGCCCUUUUAGAGCUAACUUCCAACCUGAACCAAAACUUCAAAUUCGAAUACAUGAAAUUGAGAUUGUAUAUUUUAAGAGAUGAUUUAAUUAAUAAUGGUUUGGAUCUUUUGAAAAAUCUUAACUGGGUCGGUGGGAAACUGAUUAAAAAUGAAGAUAGAGAAGUCUUGUUGAACUCGACCGAUUUAGCUACGGAUUCUAUUUCUCAUUUAUUAGGUGAUGAAAACUUUGUUAUUUUAGAGUUUGAAUGCUAA